AUGGCGAAUUGGAGAUAUCUAUUUGUGAUCGAGGGCUGUUGUACCGUGGCCCUUUUCCUUUUUUGCGUGCUGGUACCUGCCCUACAGCGCGGCAGAGGCGAAGUUUCUGAGCGAGGAGGAGAAGAAGAUUGUGCGUUCUAUAGGAUGCAGGUUGACUCUAGCUCGGUGGUGAAUGAGAAGUUCAACUUCAAGCAAGCGGUCACGAUCUUCAAACAUCCUACCAGCUGGGUGAUUCUCGCCAUCGAGAUCGGCCUCGGCGUCCCCCUCCAAUCCACCCAACUCUUCCUCCCCGUCAUCAUAGCCCGGCUAGGCUACUCCACCGUCAAAACGAACCUCCACGCCGUUGCGCCCAACAUCUCCGGCGCCAUCAUUGCUGCUCCUCCUCGCCUACGCCUCCGACCUACACGCGCCUCCGCUUCCCCUUUCGUCGCCCUGGGCUUCUUCUUCACCUUCACGGGCUUCGUCAUCUACUCCGCCAUCGACGUCGAGAAGUCGCCACACGGAGGUGUUGGAUUUCGGGUGAUCAUGUCACCAUCACUUGAUGAUCCCCAUCAAGAAGGCAGUUAUGUACCCGACGAUCAUGAUGCGCCGGCAUCAGGAGGAAGUGCGACUGAUUGCAUUGCGGAUCCUCCUGUUGACUCCUCGGAUCACCAGGAGCUGGUCAGGUACGGCAUACUUGACUAA